AUGUGGCUCCAGUACCUUCAAGGGUGGGUAGCUACUAUCCUGAAUUUUGUGUUAACCCUUAAAUAUGUCGGUAUUGUCAAGGCCUGCCGCUGCCCCACCUAUCAGAGGGGCAAGGCGGUGGACUCGGAAGCGAGGCUGGAGCGCUGGGUGCAGGACGAGUUGCACUCGGUGCUGGGGCUGAGCGAGCCGCACCUCGCCCUGUUCCUGAUCGGCACCGCGCAGCCUUGCGACUUGGCCCAAGAGUUCCUGCAGCGCCUGCGGGACACCGAUGCCCUGGACCUUAGCGGGCCGGCCGCGGACUUCGCCCAGAGACUCUGGCACAAGGUGCCUCGGAAGGCGGUGGUGGGAAGGCCAGCUCGGGCAGCCCAGCCAGAGGCCCGCGCUCUGCCGGACAAGAACCGAUCCCAUAAGUUGCUGGAGGACAGCGAGGACAGCAGUGAGGAGAGCGAGGGUAGGGCUGGGAGCAGUCUCCAGAAGACACGUAAGCAACCAGAACACCUCAGGAAGAAGAGACUCCGGGAGGAGGAGGCAGAGGCAGAGGUUCCUGAGAACGGGCAGAAGAAGAAGAAAACAGAAAAGCAAGCGUCGGAGGAUGAAUGGGAGCGCACAGAGCGAGAGCGCCUUCAGGACCUGGAGCAGCGCGAUGCCCUCGCGGAGCGGGGCCGGCGGCGGGACAGGGGUGGCGCUCGCAGUGUCCUGGAGCGGCCGGACAGGAAGGCUGCUGAAGAGGCACAGACGCGCCGGAUGGCUGCGGACGACCGCAUGCCCGAGGAGGCCCGAGGACCACCAGCGCCAGCUGUGGAUCUGGUGGAGGAGGAAUUGGGCGCCCCUGGGGAGGAGCAGCGGCGCUGGGAGGAGGCCCGGCUGCCGGCCGCCGCCCUGAAAUUCGGGGCCCCAGACGCUGCCGGCCAGGAGCCCAAGUAUCAGCUGGUGCUCGAGGAAGAGGACACCAUCGAGUUUGUCCAGACCGCUCAGCUGCAGGGCGCGGAGGGGCCCUCGGCUCCACCCCCUUCCACCCAGGCCCCGCAGGAGGAGUGCAUGCAGGCCGUCCGCCGCAGCCUCCCCGUGUUCCCCUUGGGCCAGGAGCUCCUGGCUGCCAUCGCUAGCCACCAGACCCUCCUCAUCGAGGGCGAGAAGAUCACCCAGAUCCCGCAAUACCUCUGGGAGGAGGGCUAUGCCAAGAAGGGCCUGAAGAUUGCCUGCACUCAGCCCAGGAGAGUGGCCGCCAUGAGUGUGGCCGCCCGAGUCGCCCGCGAGAUGGGCGUGAAGCUGGGGAACGAGGUGGGCUACAGCAUCUGCUUUGAGGACUGCACGUCCGAGCGAACAGUCCUGCGCUACCUGACCGAGGGCAUGCUGCUCCGCGAGUUCCUCUCUGAGCCUGACCUGGCGAGCUACAGUGUGGUGAUGGUGGAUGAGGCUCAGGAGCGGACCUUGCACACGGAUCUUCUCUUUGGGCUGAUCAAAGACGUGGCUCGCUUCUGACCCGAGCUCAAGGUCCUGGUGGCUUCGGCCACGCUGGACACUUCCCGCUUUGCCGCCUUCUUCGAGGACGCCCCCGUCUUCCGAAUCCCUGGGCGCAGGUUCCCAGUCGACAUCUUCUACUACACCAAGGCUCCGGAGGCCGACUACCUGGAGGCCUGCGUCGUGUCUGUGCUGCAGAUCCAUGUGACCCAGCCCCCGGGGGAUGUCCUGGUGUUCCUGACGGGACAGGAGGACAUUGAGGCUGCCUGCGAGAUGCUCUGGGAGCGCUGCCGCCGCCUGGGCUCCAAAGUCAGGGAGCUCCUGGUGCUGCCCAUCUACGCCAACCUGCCCUCCAACGUGCAGGCCCGCGUCUUCCAGCCCAUGCCCCCCGGGGCACGCAAGGUGGUCGUGGCCACCAACAUCGCCGAGACUUCCCUCACCAUCGAGGGCAUCGUUUAUGUGCUGGACACAGGCUUCUGCAAGCAGAAGAGCUACAACCCCCGCACCGGCAUGGAGUCGCUCACAGUCAGGCCCUGCAGCAAGGCCCCGGCCAAUCAGCGAGCCGGGCGGGCGGGCCGCAUGGCGGCGGGCAAGUGCUCCCUGUACACCGCCUGGGCCUAUCCGCGCGAGCUGGAGGACACCACGGUGCCCGAGAUCCAGAGGACCAGCCUGGGCAACGUGGCGUUGCUGCUCAAGAGCUUGGGGACCCACGGCCUCCUGCACUUUGACUUCCCGGACCCCCCGCCCUGUGAGACCCUGCUGCUGGCGCUGGAGCAGCUCUCUGCUCGGGGAGCCCUCAACCACCUCGGGGGGCUCACCACGACCGGUCGAAAGAUGGCCGAGCUGCCGCUGGACCCCAUGCUGUCCAAGAUGAUCCUGGCCUCUGAGAAGUACAGCUGUUCGGAGGAGAUCCUGACAGGGGGCAUGCUGUCCGUGGGCGACUCCAUCUUCUACCGACCCAAGGACAAGGUUGUCCACGCCGACAACGCCCGGGUCAACUUCUUCCUCGGUUGGGACCACCUGGUUCUGCUAAACGUGUACACUCAGUGGGCCCAGAUCGGCUACUCUUCCCAGUGGUGCUAUGAGAACUUCGUCCAGUUCAGGUCCAUGCGCCCAGCCGGGGAUGUGCGGGACCAGCUGAAGGGGCUCUUGGAGCGGGUGGAAGUUGGUCUCAGUUCCUGCCAGGGGGACUCUCUCCGUGUCCGCAAGGCCAUCACUGCCGGCUACUUUUACCACACGGCAUGGCUGCCUGGCAGCGGCUACCGCACUGUGAAAAAGCAGCAGACAGUGUUCAUUCACCCCAGCUCCUCCCUGUUUGAGGAACAGCCUCGCUGGCUGCUCUACCACGAACUGGUCUUCACCACCAAGGAGUUCAUGAGACAGGUUCUGGAGAUCGAGAGCGGUUGGCUUCUGGAGGUGGCACCCCACUAUUAUAAGGCUAAGGAACUAGAAGAUCCUUGUGCUAAGAAAAUGCCCAAGAAAACAGGCAAGAGGGGGGAAGAGCUAGUCCAGGAGUGGGCAACCUUUUUGUGA